AUGCCGACAGAGGAAACCUGCAACCCCCGGAAAAGGCAGCGACAGGAAAAUAAUGAAAGACCCUCGUACCCGCGGAAGCGGGCAGUACAAGCAUGUCACACCUGUCGACAGAAACGAAUUAAGUGCGACAAUGAAAAGCCCGUGUGUGGCUCUUGUGUGGGAUUGGCGAUGCCGUGCAUUUACCGAGAAAAUGACAAAUCCACGUUUGACCCGGCCAGCAUUCUCAUCUUGCAACGCUUAGACACUCUGGAAGAAUUGGUCCGUAGAUCCACGUUGAGUCCCGGCUCUCUACCAGCAACACCAGACCCAUCUUUAGCGCAGGGGACACUACAAAAUCAGCUAUCGCCGCCCGCAGAAGGGAGACUGCAAGCUCUGGAGAGGACGGAAUCAUCAACAUUGUAUCAUAUCAAUGUCGAGAGUAUUUUGAGUUGGCCAGUCUUUCAAACUUGCAAUAUUGCACAAAAACACGAUCUAAGGGCUUUACUUCAACAACCAAACGAAAUUCCAGAACAGCAUUAUUUGCCUGUCUCUUUGGAGUUCGAAAAUGGCGGAGCCAGACAGCUAUUGCAACGGUUCAUCAGACAUGUUCAUAUUUACAACCCCGUCUUGGAAAUUGGCAAAGUGCAGGAGUAUAUGAGAGAUACUCUUUUCGAUGGUCUGGUAAAUCUGAAGGCAUUUGUCAUAGGCUCUGCUCACUCCCAUCAGCUCUUGAUAUAUGCACUAGGAACCAUCUCCGGUCCUCCUGACAGCCAGUCCUCAUCCCCAUCUUCAUCUUUGGACAUCCGUCAAUCAGAGGAAUUCAAGAAAGCAGAAGCAUACUUUCUUGCAGCCAGAAAGCGGAUGGGUGUAUUACUUGGCGGGAGUGGUAUAAUCGAAGCACAGUGCUUUUUUCUUGCAGGUGUGUAUUUGAUGGCAACACUUCGACCAUUUCAGGCUUGGUCGAUGUUUGUCCAGGCUCUAGUCUGCUGUGAAGGGUUCAACAGUCCCAUACCUCCGAGUGAUGCCAAUCAUGAUGAGAAACAUACUCUACGAGAAAGUAUAUAUUGGACAUGUUUCAAGUCAGAAUUAGAACUUCGAUUGGAACUGGGUGUUGGAAAGACCAGCUGCCUGGAUCUGACAUAUCCCGCCCUCUUCCCUUCUCCACCCAAAGAUCUUGAAAUCCAGGGGGAGACCGUCUGGUAUUUCUAUCUGGCUGAGAUAGCUCUACGCCGGUUGGGUAACCGAGUUUUGAACUAUGUCUAUAACUGUAAGCCGUUUGGAAAAUCGGCUGAAUUAGAGACAACUAGGGAGUUCGAAGGACAAACACACGGGUUACUGAACUCGCUCCCAGGACUGCUAAAGCCUGAUACACCGAGCGAAGAAGCGCAAGCUAAAGACGAAGAACACUCCGCUUUGCGUUUUAUCUUGAAGGGUCAUGCAAUCGACUGCUUCGAGAUGGUUUACUGGCCAUUUAUCUUCGAUGCCAUUCACGAAGGUUUGCCUUGCGAUCCAGAGCUGGUAGAAUUUACACGAAAGGGGUUACAUAUCUGUGCGUCUCGAAUUGGAAAUAACAAGGCUGGGUUCUACUAUCGCCACCAUGGAACGUGGCUGAUGUUGCGGUCCUGUACACGUAGUGCCUUGGUUUUGUGUGGUGCAGCUCGUCGGGGCCUCGUUACUUUACUUCCUCCCCGUUGGAAGAAUGGUGUUGAACAGGUGAUGCAAAUGCUGAGAUAUUGGAGUCUUGAGGCGAAUGACAUCGCUAGUCAGUUAGAGAUACUCGAGGAUAUGAUCAAAGACAUUCCAGAAGACUGUUAG